CCCGGUUCCUCCUCGAGUACCGUUUGUUGAUUAAACAGCAUUCAAUUCUUUAUCGCAGUCAUUCAGCACUGAAACAAACUAGGAUCCUGGUGUAUUUCUGUAAAGUUGUUAGCUCCUUUACGGCACCAGGAUCAUGAAGCGCCAACAGUAUGCAGAGGAACAAGGUCUUCUGGGCUCACUGUGUCCUGGACAGAAGAAACUGGAGGGGAAGAUCUUUUACCUGGACAGUGUGAAGAAACGCUCGACAGCCCUGCUCUUGGAGGCUGUAGCUCUUCUAGGAGGGAGGGUUGAGAGUUUCCUGCACAAGGAUGUGAGCUUUGUCGUGACUGGAUGCCAAGAGGGCCUGAAGGAGCAGAAGUGUACAGAUACCAAAGCAGGUGCAAAGGGGACAAGUGAAGAAGCCCAGCAUCCUAUAAUGCAGAGAGGGAGCGCCCUCAGCAGUGACAAACGGCGACCUGGAACUCCUAGACCAACGGCCUGUGGCAGCCGUGGGAAGGCCCUGCUUGAAAAAGCCAUUCGCAACAACGAACGACUGCAGGGGAGCAGUGUUUUGGCCAAUGCUCGAUCAUGGGGAGUGAAGAUUUUGUAUGUGGAUGAUGUCCUUUUAUAUUUGAAACAGCUGACUCGAGAGAGCCUCAGUGUGACACAAAAGAGGCCAGAGAGGACUUACACCAAACAAGGUUCUUAUGUUAUCAAAGCUGUACCUUUGAGGUCACCCUUUCUAAAAAUUGAAGACUUGAGCAGGAAAUACAGGCCCUUGCAUAUGCAAUCUAUGACCUUCCCCACUAUGUCGUACCUGGGCCGAUUUAGCCCCUUUGAAACUCCUCCUCCUCGGUUUGAAAAGCAGGCCGAGCAAGGAGAAAAUAAAACAAGGGAGAAGAAAAAAGCUGAAAGCAGCAUUCAGGACAAAUCUCAAACCCCACUCAGCUGUAACCCUUCACCUUGGCGGCCACGCAAAAAGGACCUGUCUUACUGCGAAUGUUGUCAUCAGCCCUUCACUAAUCUGGAGGAGCACUUGCAGUCUGAUCAGCAUCGUUCGUUUGUGCUGGAUCCCUCAAACUACGGUGUGGUGGACCAACUCGUGACUGAAAUGUUUCCUGGAUUCAACCUUAAUCAAGCUGAACAAUCAGAAGAAACACUGAACCGGCCACCAACUCCUUUGCCCAUUUGUGAACUCGAGCCUCUCACUGAUGCCGAGACGGAGCAUGCAGUUCAGGCCCUGCAGAGACAAAGUUCCUCAUUCAGUAUUCACAUCUCCAGUCCUACCAGGGGUCCUCUUUCCUCUGUCCCAGCCAGCCCGUCACCAGAAGUUCAAUUUCCAAUCCCAAAACCACCAGCUGCUCCACCUGUUGACAUCCAGCAUUUCACUGUUAACACAGACUGCCAACUCUCUGACAACAAUACUUAUGCUCUUAGUCCAGUCAUGCCUGUUUUGGAUGUUGAACCACAAGCAAGUGACUCAGCCAACCAGCACCCUGACGCUCAAUGUCUGUCCCCUCGCCCUGACACACCACCUUUUGAUCCUUACCCCCUGCCUCCGGCCCUUAGCCCACAAGCCCUUUAUCCCUCCUACAAUAUGGACCCGCACUCCGACCCUCCUGUCCUCAGUCCUCAAUGGUACCCUGCAGAGAAGGCUGUGGAGGGACAUACUUGUGAAAUGGACAUUGAAAGGAGUGUGUCUCCGUCUGUCCCAGAUCCUGUCUCCUCCCCACAUUUUCCCUCUGUGGCUUUGACAAAUGCAGAAGAAUCAAAAGUAUCAAGCCAAGAAAAUUUUUCAGGAUUUAGUGAGAUCAUAUGUUCCACCAGUGGUUUGGAAUAUGUUGCUCAAUUUUCACGUAGAUCUCGUUCUCUCCCUCGACACUCAACGACUGCGCUAAACCCCAAAAAGCGCUGUAGAUCAGCCAGCCCUGAACACAGCCGGAGCAAAAAGAGGAGGAUUACAGCAGAAUUUGGCUAUAGCAGUUGCUGCACUGAACAAGAGGAUACAUCUGCCAAACUAAAAAAUGACAUUAUGAAAUCUGCGGGUUCUUUACUAUUUGAUAAGGUUUCUUGUCAGGUAAUACAGUCCUGUCUGAUUUCAGAGGUCUCAUCAAUGUGCACUGUGGACACGCUUGGUUCAAAACAGACUUUUACCACGCUCUCUGUGCCUACUGUACGGAAUCUUAGUCAGGCAUCAAAUCAAAUGAACAUUUCGGAUCCUGGGGGUACUUUUAUUGCUGAACAACUAUCGUGGCCACUCUCUUCAAAAGCAAAGAUUUGUGUUUCUCCACUCCACUUUCCCAAGGACAAAUCUCAAAGUGUGUUUUCCAGUCAAGACUCUCAACGCUCACUAUCCCACUGCACCUCAGUGUGCAUCGAGUCAGCCCUCAUCCCAGACUUAGCCGCGCUCUCUUCAUCAUCAUCAGACUCUGACUGGGACUGCGGCCUGCUGUCGCGGCUCGGACGGACUCCUGCAGCCUCUCUGUCACCUCCUGAGCCGAGCUGUGAGCUCGACCAGGAGCUCCUUCACACGCCGUGCACCUGGAUGCACGACACUAGCUACGAGUCACGUCUACACACUGUUCUUCAGCCGACAACGUCGGCAGCCUCGCUGUGUGGGGAAGAGAUGGACUCUUCAUCGUUUUCAAGGACUGUGGUACAGAUAGUUGAGGUUCAGCACUGAUUGUUUCUUGGCCAUUUUUAAAGAACUGGAAGAACCACGGCCUGGAAGUCGCAGAAGGCAGUCUUUAGCCCUUUUUUACACAGAGAUCCAACAAGAAGGUUUCAGUUUUCAGACCUUUCUUUACACCGCCUUUGCUUUUCUUACAGAUCCAAACAAUGGCUGCACAACGCCACACUAAUGUGUGGUUUAAACCAGCAUGCUGGUGUUCAGCUUUGGCCUCUAGUGUGACAUAUAACAAGCGUGUUGGACAGUGCUUUCUAAACAAUAACAAUGACAUAACAUGGCAAUAACAAUGAUUUACCGUCCCUAUUAUAUGGCGGUUGAUUUUGUCCUCUGCUCUGAGGUUAAGGUGCUCCCAAAUCACAAUCCUCCUCAGUUUGUUGACAUUGUGGUUGCUGUUCUUUUUUUCAAAGUUAGCUAGUGGGUUGCAGACAUGACACGUUAAAGUGCCACAUGGCUGUCCCUCUUACACAAAAGUCAACAGAGUGCAGGAAUGGUGUUUUCUUGUAGGUAAACCCGGAAGGUAAUGUCGCCCUGGUUCCCUCAUCAAAAAGCCUAUGGGAUUUUUCUGUUGCAUUUUGGAUCAUUUCAGAAAAUAAGCUCUGUGGUAAACAAAUGUUUAUGAUACUUACACAUUUUGCUCUGCAAGGUAAUCAUCUUUACAACACCACUUUCAGGAUUUUUGAAGCCUAAAUGUA